UGCCGCCAGGGGGAGACCCGGGGCGAGGCGACGCGCUCCGCGGGAGGACGGCCGAGGAGGCGGGGUUUCUGCUCCGCUUCCGCAACUUGCGAACGGAACGCUCGACUCUGAUUGGCUGUUGUCACUCACGUUCCCGCCAAGUUUGAGCGCGUAAAUAUGCGUACAGCUCGUCACCAUUUUGGAUAAAAAAUGAGUGGUCUAAAUUCUCAGAAUGACAAUGAAUUAACUUUCCUCUGAACAAUUGUUUCAAGGUAGCAUUUGCUGUUUUCAAACUGCUAGCAAGAUUUGAAUGGAGCCUCACUUGACCGUUCCCACCCGCUACCCUCGCGUCCCUGACUGAAGCCACGCCCCUCCCUCACUCACCAACGUGAAUCGUUACAUGCGUUUUGUCUCUGGAGGUGUCCAAUUUCUUCUGUAACUUUUCUUGCUAACCAGGGAGGGGGGACAAUCCAAAAAGUCUGACCGAGCGCGAGGCUGCCGCGUGCGCCCGCUGUGUGCAAAUGAUAGACAGACCAUCUGGCCGUGCCACCAGUCUCUCACUGGCAGUUCUUGUUGUGCCAUGACAAGUUCUCAAAUAAUCAUUCAAAUUAGAGUCAGAGAGGGAAGACGUGUCAGAACAUAUUUGACAAAAAGUGUUGGGUUUUUUUUGUUAAACUGCAAACCUGAAUCAUCCUAGGCUAUUAGUACAUUUUGAAAAGAUCUGUAGUUCAUCAUUUGUGGGAAAUGAUCCAAUUUCACUUUCGUCUUCCCAAAACGAUUGACUAGAAAUAACGCAUCGUCGUUCAUCAACCUAUCUAUGCCGGCAACACGUAGUGACAAGCAGAACAAUGAAACGCUCUCCCGCUAGCUUGCGCGAGGUAGGCUACAUAUUGCGAUGGACUUUGUGGUUUGGUGGCGGGAUGUGAGAUUUUCUCUUCCGACGCCAAAUCUGCCGCCUGGCUCAAGAAAGGUCGGCCGACGAUGAUUCAGAACUGAGUCGUGCACACCAUGAAAGGCUUAGCAAGAUGUGAAACCUGCAAAAUAGGUUGACUUGCUCCCAACUCCCAAAUGGCUGCGAAUGAAGUUCAAUGGCGAGUCGACUCACACGCACACACGUCAGCCGCCGUUUCAUUGGCAGACAGAACAGGACGUCACACGCGUCGCGUGCGCGUCUGUGUGAACAUGAGUUGCGCCGGCCGGCGAGAAGCGCGUGCGCGCGUGUUUCAAAAUGGCCCCCGGCUGCCAGCAAGCGCGUUCUCCCAAUCGGCGGUGGUCCUCGCUGCUGCAAUGCGAUUGUGUCCACCAGGGGGCGGGCAAACCUCGCUCAGCGCUCAGAAGAUUGGCAAAUGCGAACAAAAGACUUUCUAAUUGUGUGGUUAUUCUAAUCUGUUGUUGUUUUCAUUGACUGAAUCACGUGAUGACCACCAAAUUGUUAGUGGCCAUUUGAAAGGGAAAUUCAAACAGUUCUGAUGAUCAACCUUGGCAUAUCGAUGAUUUAUUGCAAUCCGAAAGUGCAGUUUCUGAAAUCGUUCCCAAAUUGCUUACUUUCACUUCCUUUUCCAACUUCCUUCAUUAAAACUUGCCGAACUCAGUCACUAUUUUCCUUCAACUUGUCAUGAGAAAGAUAGAUAGCUUUCGGUAAUAUAGGUAGAGUGAAUUAUUCCUUUCUAAUCCCAAUUUAAAUUGUAUUGCACAAAGUUGUAAUGCACAAAGCAAGUUGUUGCGAUCCUGGUCUUGUCUGGCGACAUUUUCAGUCAGCAAGUUUGGUUUUUGUUUCUUAACCUGUAAAAGGAGCACGUGAUGAAUGCAGGACGUCAGCGUCGACGAUCAGCGGGCGAGAAAACGGAUGGAUGCGUUAGCGCCCCCCAGCGGUCGGUUGCUUGUUGUCAGCAGCAGUGACGUCACAUUGAGCGAGAGAGAGAGAGAGAGAGCGGAAAAGAGCGAGUCGCCUAUCAGCUGCUCGCAGGAGCACAGCGGCCACGCAGAUAAAAGGAGAAAGGAGGGAAAGGAAGACGACUCCGCCCCCUCCCCCGCGCACCGGCACCGGCACCGUCAGCGUCAUCCUCCGCUUACCGAUGGGCGCUCGUCGCGCAGCUUCCUGAGAGAGCUGCCACAUGUCGUGGCGUCGUCGCCCAUGAAGACGACGUGGUACUGCCCCCCGGAGCAGUCGACAGUGGUGGAGGAGGAAGAAGACGGAAUGAUCUACACGGUGGUCCUCAAACAAGCGGCCGGCUCUCCCACCACGGCCGGCGCGUCCCGCUGCCGGCUGGCGAAGGCGGGCACGGAGGACAAGUUGGCGCUGCACCUGCUGCGCGCCUUCGCGCUGGGCGACGCCUCCUUCGUCAGCAUCUUCCUCGCCACGUAUCGCUCCUUCAGCUCCACGCAGAGAGUGCUGGACGUCCUCGCCGACAGGUUGGAGCGGCCGCCCGGCGACGGCGACCGGAGCCGGCGCGGGAAAUCGUUCGACAGAGCGGCGUGCUCGGUAUUUAGCGCCUGGCUGUCCGAGUACCCCGAAGACUUCGGGCGCCUGAAGGAUCCUUCGCGGCUCCUGCGACUGGCGCCGCUUCUCCCUCGAGACUCGCCGUCCGCCGCCGACCUUCGCGCUCGAGUCCUCCGCGUGGCCGAGGAGCUCAGCGAGAAAGCCCUGCUGCCCGACGCGUACCGAGACGCGAACAUCUCCGGCGGCCCGAGCGCGGACGCACGCGAGUUCGAGGCCACCGCCGUCCUGGGCUUCCCGUCGGCCGUCGUCGCCGAGCAGCUCACCCGCAUCGAGACGGAUCUGUUUGUGCGCGUGGUCCCCUACGACUGCCUGGGCUGCGUGUGGUCCCAGCGCGACAAGAAAGGUCACGAGGGCGCGUGCGGCUCGGUGCGGGCCACGGUCCGCCAGUUCAACCGUCUGGCUAACGCCGUGCUGGCGUCGUGCCUGGGGAGCGCCGCGCUGCGCGGGCAGCAGCGCGCCAAGCUCCUGGAGAAGUGGAUCGGCGUCGCCCAGGCGUGUCGCGCCAGGAAGAACUUCUCCUCGCUGUACGCCAUCGUGUCGGCCCUGCAGAGCAACCCCAUCCACCGCCUGAGGAGGACCUGGCAGGACACCGACAGGGAGGCGACGAGGAGGUUCGAGGAACUGCGCGAGAUCUUCUCAGACAAGGACAACUACUCGCAAAGCCGAGAGCUGCUGAAGGAGGAAGGAACUUCCAAGUGCGCCAACCUGGACGACAAGCACACGAGCGCGUGGAGCGUCGGCGCGCAGGGCACGGUUCCGUACCUGGGCCUGUUCCUGACCGACCUGACCAUGCUGGACGCGGCCGUCAAAGACCGUCUGGAGAACGGCUACGUCAACUUCGACAAGAGGCGACGGGAAUUUGAGGUUUUGGCUCAAAUCCGACUGCUGCAGUCGUCGUGCAAAAACUGCGCGCUGGUCCCGGACGAGACCUUCCUGCGUUGGUACCGCGGCGUACCCACGCUGACCCAGGAGCAAAGUUACAGCCUGUCCAACGAGAUCGAAGCACCUUGCGACGUGGCGCCGGCCCCCCGCGGCGGCGGCCCCCCGACGGUCGUCAUCACGCAGUGUCCCGAUUUGGGCGGUUCGGCGAGCGGCCCGCCGUCGGACGCGGACGCGCCCUUCGACUUCUCGUCGCCCGUCAACAACCUGCUCUCCAAACUCACCAAGCACAUGCGAUCUCCGUCGGUGUCGUGUCUGGACGUGGACACGUCGCCGCCGCCGCCGCCCGUCGACGGCUCUCCGGCUCCCGGGACGCCGCCCAAAUCCCACCGCCGCUCCGCCUCCUGCGGCAACAACCCCCCCCCCGCCCUCGCCGCCGCCGGCGGGUGUCGGAGUUCGGGCCCCGACAUGCGCAUCAUCAGGAUCCGCAUGGACCUGCACGACGGCAACUUGUACCGCAGCAUCCUGGUGACCAGCGACGACAAGACGCCGGCCGCCAUCGGCUCGGCCCUGGAGAAACACAAUCAGGACCCCGCGCAGGCGUCCGCGUACGAGCUGCUCCAACUUCUGCCUGAAGGAAAAGAGUUGCUGAUCCCGGCCACGGGAAACGUUUUCUACGCCAUGACGUCGUCCAGCGUGGACUUCCUGUUGCAACGGAAAGCCGGCGACGCGUCGCUCGGGUCGCCGGCCGUCGGCCAAUCGGAGAGCGGCGCCGCCGCCACGUAUCCUCGAAUCAAAGCCAAGGGAAGGAGAUUGGCCCGAAAUCUCUUUUGAAAGAAACAAAGCAAACUCCGGACGGCGCCGUCUUUGAAUUUGGGAUUUUCAUUUGGCUUGAGAGGAAAGUCGUUUUCCUCCACCGUUUUAUUGGAACUCCUUCAUAUUAUCAAUGAAAUUGAGUUUAUUUUUCUUUUAAAAAAAUUGUGAACAAUAUAUUUUACAGCUUCUACCAAAUAUAUUUUAUUUCAUCAUUCUUAUUUGAUUUUUGUGUUAUUUACUCUGGAUGUUUUUAUCUUGUUUUUUUAUUAUUCUAUACCUCCUAGCAACCUGUAUUUUGUAUAAUUUAAUUGUGCAUCUUUUUUUAAUUUCCUGUUUUAAUUUAUUGAACUUUUUUUUGGGGGGGUGGCGAAGUGUUUUCCCAAGGCAGCCGUGGAAUACAAUUGUUUUGUUUGUUUUGGAACGUGUUGGAAACGGCAACAUUUUCCCUCCUGCUGGGAAUCGGUCUUCAAGUCUUCCCAUCAUCGUCAUCAUCAGCAUCAUCAUCAUCAUCAUCAGCAGCUGCGCUGGAGAAAAAAAUGAACGUUUUGAUUUGGGCUGCCGGUCGCGAAGGUUUUUGUGAGGAAAAGGCCGAACGCCUCCGGAAUACGUCGGCAAAAACGUCCACGCCGACCGCGACGACGCCGCCGCUCGUCCGAGCGUCUCGUCGCCGCUAACUCAAUCGUCAAUUUCACACGGAAAUUCCUGGCGAGCGCUUUCGUUUCAAUUUCAUCUCCAGCUCAGAUUUGAUUCGAUCCCUUUCACUUCCGCCUUCCAAGAAAUUCCUUUUGGUGACAAGUUGGCGCUGCCAAAUAAAAAUAAUCCAUCUCCAAUCGUUUUGGGGAUUUUUAAAUCUUUGAUUUGGGGAUUUUUUUUUCGUGGACCUCCAUUUUUUUUUGUUUUUCUGCACGUGUCUCCAAAUGUGUUAGUUUUUUGAUGUAUCACGAAGAUUUUUUUUUUUUUUUUUUUUUUGGCCAUAUCCAAAUCAUUAUCUCUAACUUUUGUGACCUGAAAACGUUUUUUUUUUUUUUUUUUUUUUUAUCCUUAUCCUGAAGAUUUUUGGGGUUUUGAUGGCGUUUUAAAUAUCCAAUUAUCACGUGCGCUGAAGUCGUCGAGGCAAAACGGAACUUUUUCCAUCGUGUCUCAACGCGCUCUGUGAAAUGUCCAAGUCGAAGUCCCACCGGGACCGGCGGAGGUCUCGCGCGCGCUCGGCGCCGCUGAAGCGUCCCGGUCGGCCGAGGAGCGAAUUCCGAUCAUUCUGAUACGAUGGAAGCUAAAUGACGUACGCUAGCUCUGCUAGCCAUGCUUUUCUUUGUGCCUUCCUCAACGAGGUGCCCACCACCUCCGCCCGCGUGGAAAUAUUGCCAAUAAAUGUCCUAUUUUUGUACACGCCAAAUGUACUUUCUACCACAGCGGAACAUUUUGGACGCCGCCCAUUAAAAGAACAUCUGCCAACAACGCUUGUCGUCGUCUUUGCAAGAAAAAGGCUGUUGUGUUUUCAUGUGAAGAGCUUUGGAUUAUUGCCUGUAGAAAUAAAGUCAAAAUGAAAAGAAA